CUAUGAUUUAGUCCACACUGCAAACAUUACAUAGUCUCCUCCUGAGUAGUAAACAUGUCUCUCUUGGCUGUCUCUUGUUGCCUCGCUCUUCUGGUGGGUCAGGCCUUCGGAGCUGGGUAUCAUGAGGACAUCGGCAUCCCUGAGGCAUCCAGGAUCCGGUUGAAGGAGGCCCAGCGAGCCAGUGAGAGGAUCAGCGGAGGAGUAGCCUCCGACUAUGGUGAUAACCCUUACCUGGCUGGUAUCCUGAUAACUCUUCGAUCCGGUCAGUUGUCUGUCUGCAGUGGUACAUUGCUGUCGACUUGGAGAGUGCUGACAGCUGCCCAGUGCUGGUACGAUGGUUACAACGUCGGCAGGAAGGCUGAAGUGAGGCAAGGUUUGGUAGAGCUGUUCAAUGCCUUCCGGUUUGAUGUAGCGAGGGUCACCAUGCACCCCGGGUACAACCCCAUCAGCUUGCUAAACGACCUCGCCAUCAUGCAAGUUGAUUCAGGGUUUUGGUCGAACAAUAAAAUGAUGAUACCAGUAUUCCUCCCGGGCCUAUAUGAAACCAAUACAUACGCAGGAGUGGAUGCUCGCGUCUCAGGAUACGGAAAAACGAGUGACUAUGACCAGUUGAACCCGAAUACUCAGCAACAUGCGCUGACGGUGAAGGUGAUGGGUCCGUGGGAGUGCUACUGGAGCAUGGCGCGCCGGCCUGCAGACUCCAGCAAGGUCAUGUGCACCCCCGGCAGCGUCCUGUGGGGGACCUGCGGCGCCGACCUCGGCGGCCCGCUCGUCGUACCCAACUUUAACGCCACGGGAAGCCAUCUAUUGAUUGGCGUGAUAUCGAUUCAGUCUCCGUUCGGUUGUACGUCAUCGUUCGCGACCGGGUAUACCCGGGUCUCGGAAUACGUCGACUGGAUACUAAACCACUAAACUGGAUUGACCAUGGUCACUAACACUAGCAAGGCUCGGAUACCGGUUAAAUUUUCAAACCGCUAUUAUGUACUUGAACGCAAAACUUUUAUCUAGCUAUUUGAAAUAUUGACGUGUAAAAGUAUUAUUUUAUGACCUAUUUACAGAAAUAAAUAUCAUUUAUCAUUUACAUUGGGUUUCGUUCGCAUAAACCGGUUUUUUUAAACCGGUAUUCGGAACAGUAUUUUCAUAUAGGUUUUUUCAGAUUAAACGGUUUAGAUCAAUAAAAACCUGUUCAAAUUAUAUUUAAUAGUAAUAUUUCAACGUGUUUACGGACAUGCCCCUCGUCGAAUAAACCGGUUAAUUUAGGUUAAAAUAAAGUUCUUUAAAUGUUCACGUUCUUAAGAAAAGUUCGGAGGAAAAUCGAUAUAAACCGGUAUUUUUUAAACCGGUUCCGAGUCUUGAACACUAGUAUUAGAGUUCGUAGGAUUAAAGAUUAUUUUCAUUUGUAUAGAAGCAUUAUUUCAAAAUUGUAAGUCUUACAAUACACACAAAUGGUAGGAGAAGUGACACGUGACGUCAACCAAUCAGGGCCUUAGUCUGCUAUUACAAUUGUGUCAGAAUGGUCGAUCACUGAGCAGUGCGAGAGGGACGGAGCUAUACAACCUACAUAGCUCCGUCCCUCUCUCGCGCGUAACGUUCGGUUACUGCUUACUUAUUAUUUUACGAGUGAGUUCAGUAAGUUUAUCAAUUUACGUUUAGAAUCCUACGAAAGUUUAUAAACUUCCUAGUAAAUUGAUAAACUUACGGAUCUUGUUAGUUUUCGGUGACAUAAUUAUAUAUCACUGUAAUUUUAAAGAAAUUAAAUUUUUAUUUGAUGAGCAUUCUCGGGACUUCCUGCGGCUGGUCGAGCAUUCUCGCGGGUCUUCCUGCGGCUGGUCGAGCAUUCUCGGGGGUCUUCCUGCGGCUGGUCGAGCAUUCUCGGGGGUCUUCCUGCGGCUGGUCGAGCAUUCUCGGGGGUCUUCCUGCGGCUGGUCGAGCAUUCUCGCGGGUCUUCCUGCGGCUGGUCGAGCAUUCUCGGGGGUCUUCCUGCGGCUGGUCGAGCAUUCUCGCGGGUCUUCCUGCAGCUGGUCGAGCAUUCUCGGGGGUCUUCCUGCGGCUGGUCGAGCAUUCUCGGGGGUCUUCCUGCGGCUGGUCGAGCAUUCUCGGGUCUUACUGCGGUUGGUCGAGCAUUCUCGGGGGUCUUCCUGCGGCUGGUCGAGCAUUCUCGGGGGUCUUCCUGCGGCUGGUCGAGCAUUCUCGCGGGUCUUCCUGCGGCUGGUCGAGCAUUCUCGGGGGUCUUCCUGCGGCUGGUCGAGCAUUCUCGGGACUUCCUGCGCCUGUUCGAGCCGCAGGAAGACCCGAGAAUCCCGGCUGGUUAAAAUAUACGUCUAACCGUGUCUAACUGCAUAUUGUUUUACAUUUGUAAAUAGUAAUAUAAGUAGCGUAGUUUCCGAAUAAAUCAUGCAUUCUUUACUACAUC